AUGUCUCUCAACUGGGUCCUCCUCGAUUCCCCCGCAACGGGAAGUGCCUCAAGUCUCCCCUUCAUCCCUCUACCAGAAGAAACGGUCAUAUCAUGUCAUUCGGCAGUGGGUCUUAACCUCGAGUCAGUCACGACGAACAAUACCAUACGACCGCCUGCUGGCGGUGGCGCGGAUCAAGAGGUCCCGCCCCCGGUGAAGCUGGAAGUGAAAGAUGGUAAGGCAUGGGUAACAUCGCGUCGGAUCAUUUACCUUCCCACCUCUCCAACACCCUCCUUCCGCUCCUUCUCCGCCCCCCUCCGCAACCUCCGAAACCCAAAUCUCACCCAACCUUGGUUCGCACCUCUUUCCUUCUCCUCUUCCGUUCUCCCAACACCCGGAGGAGGCCUCCCUCCACCAUCCGCGAACUUCAGAUGUACUUUUCGAGAGGGUGGAGCAGAGGUGUUCUUCAGGGGCGUUGUAGGUGCGAUGGAGAGAGCGAGGAAUGAGGGGUUGGGAGUUGUGGAGGUAGAUCCAGUGCCGGAGUAUGAGGAGCGACAGGGUACAUCUGCAUUGCAAUCAGAGGCAAUCGGAACCACGACUGCUGAAGAGAAUGAAGGUGAAGAGGGUACGGCAGAGGAGGAGGGAAGUAAGAGGAGGAGAGCGGACGUCCUACAUGACGACGCACCGCCGGGGUACGACGAAGUUGUCCGUUAA